CCUCCUGCCCCGGCCCCCAUCACGCACGCUCUCUCGCCUGGCCACACCCCCUCGAUUUUCGCGUCGCUCUCCGUCUCCCGCGCCCGCGCGGUGUAUUGUACACGUGGUCUGGCCUAGCCGAGAUGAUGGACGACGAGAGUUCGAUUGAGAUGGGUCCCUUAGUGGAAUUUUGGGGUGUGGAGCUGUCUGGGAAGUGUAAGAGUGUUACGUGGCCAGGUUCUGAGGAAGAGUUCGAGCCUGAUGUUACUGUCCGUCUGGAACUAAGACAAGCAUGCCUAGGAGCAAAGGCCAAGGUUGGAGAGCGUAAUGUGGUGGAACUAACUGCGGAAGAUGAAGAGGGGGAUAAAGCUACACACUCUAUCGUUUCACUCACAGUUGGCGGCACAGAACAGUCUCCGCUAUUUUUAGACAUUAUCCCACCAGUAACAUUCAACCUGGCAGCAGGGUCUGGACCAAUUCACAUAGUGGGCAAUGUGUACACAGAAUUGGGAGAAUUACCCAGCGAUGAUGAAGAGUCAGAUGAAGAAGAUGAAUUUUCCAACAAUGAAGUUGUCAGACGUCGCAAGAGAACAGCAGAUUCUCCUCCAAGAAAAUUGGCCAAAACUAGAAAAAGAGGUUACUCGUGAGUUACUAGAGAUGUUAGUUACAGCUACCUGCUGCAGUAAAGGAAAACGGAGAUGGCAAGGACACAGUACUAGAAAAUGAACGUGACGAGGAAGAGGAGGAGGAGGAAGAGGUAUUUGAUUACUGUACAUUAUUCAGUGAGUUGUGAUGUGUGUCCAGAAUGUGUGAGUUGUGAUGUGUGUCAGGAAUGUGAUGUGUGAGUUGUGGUGUGUGUCAGGAAUCUGACGAGGAAGAUGAGUCAGAGGAAGAAUCUGAGCACGAGAAAGACGAUAAACCUCCUCAAAAGCCUGCUUUGGUAGCUAAACCAAAAGCCAAGAGUGUGCAAAAAUCUACGAAGUCUGCAGCAUUGUCAAAGACACCCCAGCCACCCAAGGCCUCUAAAAUGUCAGGGAAAACAUCAUUUUCAGCUCCAAAUACACCUGAACAAAAGUCUGCUAAAAAGGGGUCAAGUAAGUUACCCAUGAACAUGGGAGACAUGAAGGAGAAGCUAAAGAAGACUCCAAAUUUACCAAAGAAGUUGGACAAGUUUAACAAUUAUAUCCAGCAGAAUUUCAAGGUCACAGAUGACAAGGUGAAGAAACAGCUGUGGGAGUUUGCUCAGAAGGCUCGGGUUACCAAGUGAUCACACCUGAUCCCUACUCUAGACUAGACUGAAUGAUCUCGAAAUAUUUACAACUUUGAUUUUUUGCUGCUAUAACCUGGGUCUCCAGGAAAGAGAAAAAAGUCAAUUCCUCUUUUCAUAGUAACAGUCAUGACAGCUCCGGCCUUUGAACUGUCUGUGGCAAGCUGGAGGAUGGCUUCUGCCACUUGCUCUGGCUGCAAGAUCCCCACACUCUGAACCAUCUCCAGCUGCUCACUAGUCAUGCUGGCGGUUGCUAGCAUAGCAGUGUCCGUGAAUUCAGGGCAUACACAGUUGACCCUUAUCCCAUCACGCUCCAAACACUCUGUCAUACUUCUUGUGAAACCCACUAUCCCAAAUUUGCUGGCACUGUAGCUUGGGCCAAAGGGCAUGGGAAGAAUGCCUAACAUAAUGAGAGCGAGGACGGGUCUAUAGAUGAAUGGCUAGGGCUAACCGCCCAUUGAAGACACAUUGAUGACGACACCUCCUUCUCCACCUCGGGUGUGGGACAUGAACUCCACAGCUAGGUGUGUGCUCUCCAUCAUUGCCACCAUAUUCACUGCUAUCAUCUUCUUCCAGUUUUGCUCAUCAGCCACUCCAGCAUUGUUGCAGACAAUGCUGACUUUCCCAAAUUCUUUGAUGGUUGUUUGAAACAUCCGUCUCUGCCAAAAUGCUAGCAGUAGAUUACAAGUAUACAUUGUAACAACAAACCAGCUGCAUCGAGUCCGUCACGUCCGUAGGGAUAAAGGUAGCAGCAUUUCUACUGAAUUCUUUCUGGAGCUCACUACAUGUGGCCACACCCACUGUCUCGUCAAUGUCCGCCAAGCCAACCUGUGAAAUCUUCUGUAGCUCUGAACGUUUUUCUUUGGAUAGUAUAACCUUUGCUCCGUGUUGAAGCAUCAGACGAACAGUAGCCAGCCCUAUACCUCUAGCGGCGCCGGUUACAAGUGCAACUUCUCCAGCAAGCAACAUCUUCUGGCCCCGCCUACAAGAGUGUGCGAAGAUUUUCAAGAUGACGUCGGCGAGUGCUACUAGUGGUGACUUGGCUUACCCGGCAGACUGGGAAGAUGAAGAUCGGAUGCAUUUCCUCCUUGGCUCUUUCCCUCCAACUGCUGCCUCGUCGAGUCUAUCCCUGGAGGAGCAGAAGGUUCAGUUUUGGAGCUCACUGAUCCACAGUGUCAGUCGUGCCACCCGCCGGCCGGUGUUCUCUGUCCGAGAGAUAGCUGAAAGAUUGCAGUGGAGAGGACAGACGCCCUCCUGCCUGAAACAAGUGCUAGAUGUGAUGAGACAGCGAAGGCAAUUGUGUCUGAUUCAAGACCUGUUGGAGAGUGCAAAUGAGCAGGGUUGGCUUUCCUGGGGGGCUGGUAUUCUUAGUAGCCCAGUUAAGUGGGUAUGGCGGAAACACCAACCACCCAUCCAUUUCAUGGACAUUGUUUAUGUAGACACCCAGCUACUGAAGGAUGCAGCAGAUUCUGUCUUGAACCAACUGCAGUCUAUGGUAGAGUUCAGAAACACAGACCAGGUUGUAAGUGGAGAUAAGCUGAAGUCAGUCAGUCUGGAAGUGGUGGAGAGCUCAGCUGCGGAAGCUGUGGAGCUGGAGCUAGUGAGGCGAGGCAAGGUCCGGUGCAGGACAUUCAAUGGCCAGAAAAUUAUAAAGUUUUGCAUGACCGGAGACCACCUACCAGUCAAUGUCACAGACAUGGAUCUACACAUUCUUAGUAUCAAGGAAACAAUUGCUGACUUGGAGACACAUACAUCAUCACUGGCAAAGAGAACCGCAAGAAUGAAGAAGGAAGCCAGGAACCACCUGCAGCAGAAGCACCGAGAACUGGCACUGUCUUAUUUGCGGCGAGGUCGCGGAGCACAGCAGAAACUUGUCAGCAAAGCAGCAAUGCUAGCAAAUGUAGAAGAUAUUCUGCACCAGAUUCAGAUGGCAGAAACCAAUGCCUUGGUGCUGGAAGCAUAUCAGAAGGUAGAGAUGUGCUAAGACCAUCAGCAUGAUGCAUGCUCGUGCAGAGGAAGUGGUUGAUGAAACCUCCUGAGGUAUAUAGGGAGUCUCUAAUUAUAGGUGUGUGUACCUGCAGGCUGUCUGUAUAUAUACUAGGUGAUCCAAGAGAGUGAGGAGGUGGAGCAAUAUUGGGGGAAAUGUUGAAAUGAAGAACUGGAGAGAGAGCUGGAAGCCUUGCUACCGGUCCUGACCGCAGCACAAAGCUAUGACUUGCAGAACAGUUAUCCCAACUAGAGCUGUUUCACCACCAGACGCUGACCAACACAAAUUAUGGCUCAGAAAAGAUACCGCAGCACUCCACUCCACUGACACAUUACUAGAAAGUAUCACAUCAUCAUUAUCAUUUUAAAAUUAUAAGCAAAUUGAAUUGGCAGGCCAUGCUAGGAGCAGAAGUGAUUGCACAUGUAUUCCACACUACAAUGUGGCUGCACUGGCUACAAACAUAUGUGGAUAAAGUCCUAGCAGCAGCACUAACCAUGGCACCCACAGUAAUUGGCCACUCUUCAAAAGCUGCCAUGGAUCUCGUUAACACCAUGGCUCACUUGAAGGGGUUCGACCAUUUUAGAAUCAGGCACAAGAUGGCAUGCCACCGCUGCUUGAGGCUCGACUACAUACACAGAUGGUGAUGCCGCCGUCCCAUGUCACGCGGUAUAGUAUAGUUGCUGCGUCCAGCUGCACCUUGUUGCAGUGCUGACAGCCAUACCUGUCGUACGCACCGCGAGACUGCAGGACUGCAGUACCAGAUGCCACUGGAUCUUGCUAGCCUUGAAUACCGUG